CGACUCGGACGUGUGGAGCAGCCACCCGGGCGGGCUGGUGGCGUGGUCCUCUUGGGCAGAUUUUUGGGCAGGGUCGUGCCUGCUUGAGGGCAGAGGCGCUGGUCACAGGGCCCUUACACAGACUCAUAUUUUCCCCCUCAAAGCGGAUAGAGCCUUAGCAAAGCCAUGGCAGCUGGCUUUGGGGUACUGGGGGCCUCAGUCACGCUGAGAGAUGCAGCCCUCCUGGGGUUAUUCCGAGCGCCUGGGAGAGUGGUCACUCCCACCCCGGAGGGGGAAGGGUGGCCUGUUUCCAAGUCCGGCUUGGUCAGGUGACAGCGGCGCGCCAUACUCAGCAGCAAUAAUACGGAAGAACAGCGCUGGUGAGGCCGCGCCAGCCUGCAAAGAAGACAGCCGGCCCGCGCGGGGACAUGCGGCCCCGGGAGCUCCCCGGGCUCGCGCUCUCGCUGCUGCUGCUGCCGCUGCUGCUGCCGCCUUGCCCUGCCCGCAGUGCUGCGCGCUUCGACCCCACCUGGGAGUCCCUGGACGCCCGCCAGCUGCCCGCGUGGUUCGACCAGGCCAAGUUCGGCAUCUUCAUCCACUGGGGCGUGUUUUCCGUGCCCAGCUUCGGUAGCGAGUGGUUCUGGUGGUAUUGGCAAAAGGAAAAGAUACCGAAGUAUGUGGAAUUCAUGAAAGAUAAUUACCCUCCUAGUUUCAAAUAUGAAGAUUUUGGACCACUAUUUACAGCAAAAUUUUUUAAUGCCAACCAGUGGGCAGAUAUUUUUCAGGCCUCUGGUGCCAAAUACAUUGUCUUAACUUCAAAACAUCACGAAGGCUUUACCUUGUGGGGUUCAGAGUAUUCGUGGAACUGGAAUGCCAUAGAUGAGGGGCCCAAGAGGGACAUUGUCAAGGAACUUGAGGUAACCAUUAGGAACAGAACUGACCUGCGUUUUGGACUGUACUAUUCCCUUUUUGAAUGGUUUCAUCCGCUCUUCCUUGAGGAUGAAUCCAGUUCAUUCCAUAAGCGGCAAUUUCCAGUUUCUAAGACAUUGCCAGAGCUCUAUGAGCUAGUGAACACCUAUCAGCCUGAGAUACUGUGGUCGGAUGGUGACGGAGGAGCACCAGAUCAAUACUGGAACAGCACAGGCUUCUUGGCCUGGCUAUAUAAUGAAAGCCCAGUUCGCGAUACAGUAGUCACCAAUGAUCGUUGGGGAGCUGGUAGCAUCUGUAAGCAUGGUGGCUUCUAUACCUGCAGUGAUCGUUAUAACCCAGGACAUCUUUUGCCACAUAAAUGGGAAAACUGCAUGACAAUAGACAAGCUGUCCUGGGGCUACAGGAGGAAUGCUGGAAUCUCUGACUAUCUUACAAUUGAAGAAUUGGUGAAGCAACUUGUAGAAACGGUUUCAUGUGGAGGAAAUCUUUUGAUGAAUAUUGGGCCCACACUAGAUGGCACCAUUUCUGUAGUUUUUGAGGAGCGACUGAGGCAAAUGGGGUCCUGGCUAAGAGUCAAUGGAGAAGCUAUUUAUGAAACUCAUACCUGGCGAUCCCAGAAUGACACUGUCACCUCAGAUAUGUGGUACACAUCCAAGCCUAAAGAAAAAUUGGUCUAUGCCAUUUUUCUUAAAUGGCCCAUAUCAGGACAGCUGUUCCUUGGCCAGCCCAAAGCUAUUCUAGGGGCAACACAGGGUGCCUAUACAUUAUCAGUUUCCACUUGCAGCCAUUUCUAGAUAAAAAAGAAACCUGACAUCUCUACAGGGGCCACCAAGUUCCCCAAGUCUACCACUGAAAGGACCUUUUUGGAACUAGGUUUCUUCUGUGCCUCUGAAACACCUUAAAGCUGAAUCAUCUUUAACCUGGAGGUCAAACGACAUUCAGCAAUACUUGCAUCCCAGAUAUACAACAUUAAAAGAUACACUAAAUUCUGAAGGUAGCUAUGCUGCAAAAUAAUUUAAACAACUCAACAGCAUUCAUUUAUGCUUGAAAUUCCAGUCCUAGACAAACCUUGUGACCAUCAGCACUUGACGUUCUUGCCACCCAGGAGAGCUGACAGUGUCAGCUGAUACCUGGCUUUAGGAUUUGAGUGUAUCCUAAACCUAUCAUCAGGCUGGAGUUGUUUAUUUUAGUGGAGAAAUGGGCUUCAGGGCCGAUCUGAUAUUUGGCUGCUAUACCAAAGUGAGUGUUACUGUUUUCUGCUGUCCCAGCAAGACUGACAGCAGUCUCCAACUUCUUGCUCACCUUCUGGUAACUGGAGCCGCCAAACUCUGUCCCGCCAUUCACAUUAGUGUUAGGUUGGAAUUCAUCAGUUUUGUAGCCAACCACAAAGUUACUCUGGGUCACUCAGAACUUUGUGGUCUCAAAAUUCACCUGGUAGCUGGCCAGCCAACCCUCAUAACCCAGCACUAGAGCAUCUCAGAAUGAAGGCCCAGCCAUGUUCAAAUCCACGUCAUAGCCCAGGUUAAUGUGCUCCCACUUGUAUCCUGUUUUGAUUUUAGCAUUUUUCCCCCAAGUGUUAGGGGAGAAGGAUGAACGCAAGGUCAGCUUCGGUCCAUGUGCAAGCUGAUCUUCCAUGGUAAUCUUGGUGCCUAGUGUGUGUCAGUGUUCCAUUUCUUCAUAAAUGUCAGGCCAUAUUUGGUACGUCUGUACUUGCUUUCCAGACUGCCUGUCACUUUGGUGGCCUCAGUGUUGGCUGAGCCUGAGCUUGUAAAUUCUAAUCCAUUCUCAGAUUUUGUUUCAAAUCAGGUUAUAUUAAGCCAAAUCCAUAUACCUUGGUGAAGACAUGCUUGGCAGAUUGGCCAAGAUUAGCAUAUGUGGGUGGCACAGCAAUCUUCUUCUCAGAGACAAUGCCAGUGGGUUCAGAGGUGUCUAUGGUGAAGGCUGCAGCUCCACUACCUAUUUUUAAAAACAUUCUAGACACACACUCCCUAGCAUUCAGCUCCAGGCCUAACCAGGCCUUAGAAGAGAAUUCAUACUUUAUUUUCUACCUUCUGCUGUUCAGCUGCAUGUUACACUGGAGGAACAUAAAACAAUGUCACUGAAAAUAUAUGUCAACAUAUUAAUAAUACAUAAUGAUUUAUUUACUUUUGCCUUAAUUACCCUUCUAAAUGAAGAAUUACAGAUGUAUUACUAAAGACAAUGAAUUAUUUUUUUCAAAAAGUAAUGCUGUUUGCUUUUUCCUAAAUGAACAAGUUAACAACAACAAAAAACACCAAGUACAUGACCAAUUAAAAUGAAACUUAAACUAGAAUGCUCUCUUUUCUGAAAUAACAACAAAAAUGUUAUGGGAUGAACAGCUGAAAAAUAUCAACUCAACAAAACCAUAUUUUACUAAAAUAGUUUAUUGCAAUAAGAUAGUCACUGUAUUCAAAAUCAAUACAAAGUAAGUUAUUAAAAUUAUGUACAUACAAAUGAAUAAAACUAUGUAAUUAGGUAAGUAAACAGCAUCAACACAAUUUUAGCCUCUAAAUCAAUAUAUAACUUUCUAAGGCUUGUUAAUAAAA